AUGGAUCGGCCGUGGCUGCUCGGAGGAGAUGUUAACGUGAUUGGGAGCUGCUCGGAAAGACAUGGCGGCUCUCAACGUCGAGUAGGGAUUAGCCGAAAAUUCACCUGGAAGCGUGGGACGCUUAUGCAGAGGUUGGACCGUUGCCUUUGCAAUUCGCGGUGGACUGGUGUGUUUCCUCAUUCAGUUUGGACCGGAAAUGAGAGCAUUAUAGAGGAAAUUCGAAACUUCCAAAACAAGAGUCGUGAUUGGAACUACAACACGUUUGGACAUAUUGGUCGAAGGAAGAAUAUUUUGAUGGCUCGGGUUAGGAAGAUUGAGAGUCUAGUGGAAGGUUCGGAUGAUAAUUUCUUAUUGGAGCUCGAAGACAGGUUGAACCGUGAGCUCAAUUGGGUCAUGGCGUUGGAGGAAAGCAUUUGGCAUCAACGGGCGAGAAGUAAUUGGAUUGCGAAAGGGGACUUGAAUACCUCUUUUUUCCGUACUUCGACUAUGAUGAGGAGUCAACAUAAUGAAAUCAGCAUGCUUCAGCUCCAAGAUGGUAGUUGGUGUUCUGAAGGAACCUCUCCCGUAACCAUGCGGUGA